AAUCGUUGGGUAUAAUAUUAUUAUUGUUCAAAACGUUUGUUAUUUUUUUAAAAAAUAGUUUAUUAUAACGUUAAAUUUGGAUUUAUUGUUAGAACGUAGAGAACGUGUAGAAGCCUUUUUUGCCGUUCGAUAAUCAGGUUGUUUACAGUUAGGUGAAUGCCAUUUUCGUUGGUUGUACACCGUGGUCAUAUCUGGAACUGCUAAACAAUCGAGCGAAUCGGACGGUUUUUUAAUCCCCAAUUUUGUCACUUUCAAGUUGUCUUUUCACUUUUGGAUACGGAAUACUGACGUGUUACCACUGCGCUCGUUACCUUGAAAAACCACGAAAUGCCUCGUUCGAAGAAAGUUUUGGAUACGGCUGUGGCGCAAGAAUCAGAAGAGUCCGAAACCGAGAACGAUAACAUUGCAAACGAAGUUGAAGGAAAUGACGAAGAAGGACCAAGAACCGUGCGGGAUCUUAGAUUGCCUGAAACCACUGUGAUCAAAAUGAUGAAAGAAGUAAUUCCAAGAAACGCGAUAAUCUCCCAAGAAGCCAAAGACUGUAUGCGAAGAUUGCCUACAAUUUUUGUGUUGUUCAUUACUGAUUACGCCUUGCAAGUAGCCCGCAAAAACAAGCGCAGAACUAUUUUGCCAGAGGAUAUCGUUGAAGCACUGGAGGAAAACGAUUUUUACAGCUUCGCGGAGAAAGUUCUGCCGCUUGUCGAGCGAAGGAAAGCAAAUUAUCGCAGGAAACCCAAGGAUUCGGUGGGCGACCAGCCCGACAGCCAAACUAACCCCACCGGAAAUGAUGACUUUGAGUCCCAGGAGCGUCCCGUUACUGCUGCAGUACCCGACAGGACAUCCACGUCGGUGGAGAAGACUGAGGGAGAGAACAGAAACGAAUCCGGCGAUGUGUCCUCCCAGAGCAGCCGGUCGCCGUCAGUUUCCAGUGAGGAUUCCGAUUCCCCGGAAGCAGUACAGGAAGAAAGCAUGGAAACCUAACAUUCGUCUACCACUUUCCUAUUGUUCUCCACAGACUGAAUUGGAUGUCCGUUGAUUUGCUGGUUUUCAGUUUUCGCUGCGAAACUUUGUAGCAUAUUAGAGGAAAUUACCAGAUUCAACCUGUUUUAAAUCAGACUGCUCGAGCACGCUGUUGCUGUGUUUACUCGAUAAUGGAAUUUCUGGUGUGGAUAUUGCUUUAUGUGGUUCAGUGAGUUGAAGUUCCCAUUGCUCUACAAAUGUUUCCGAGAGACUGAAGUCUGGAAGAAGAGCUUGUAUUGUCGUGCACAGCUGCAGGAUAAUUGAGUUUCGCAGUCUUUGUUCUUUCAUAACAGCA